AUGAAAAAUGUUUUAAUAGGACUCUCAUGUCUUAUAGCAGUAGCAAAUUCAUUAAGCAGUAGCUAAUCAUCAAAGCAUGCAUCUAGAACAGCAAGUGAAUCUUCUGCAGCAUUAUCAAGAGGAGAUGUUCCAGAAAUUUUCCAAUAAACUCUUAAUAGAGAACCACAUGAUGUCUCUGUAAUCUAUGGAAAAUUUUAUUUCUCUGAUCAUGGUUACCCAUAAUUUGAGAAUGUGACUGUAACUUAGGAACAAUUAGAUGAAGUGAUUCCCUAAGAGAUAUUCUGGUAAUAUGAACAAAGAUACUAUUAUCAGCACACAUUUAUGAUUAUCAAAACAAACCUUAGCAAUAUUGAGCGAGAACUAUUGCCAGCCAAUGUUACUCAUAAAUACUAUGUUACAGAGAAAAACGACCUGGGCAUCAUUUGGCAAGUUUACUACACUUGGGAUGAUGCUGUUAAUCUUAAGACUGAGCAUGAUGGAUACCAGUGGCAAAGAAAAAAUGUAGGAAAGUUCAAAGUUAAAAAGCUUGCAAGUGAGAAUAAAUUCACGAUAAAUGAUUUGAAAAAGUAGUUUAACAACAGCCAUUCAUCUCACUACCAUCUAUUUGUAAAGAACUGUCAUUUCUAUGGUGGGAACCUAUACAAGACAAUAAAAGAAGGAUAAAUUAAAAGCAAUAAAUGA